CUCAACAUGCCUCCACCAACUUGGCACGGUAUAGGACCUAACAGCAGUGCUCCUACUGCUAACUCGGAACCGAGACCAAGGGUGCCAGUCACUACACUUGUUUCGACACUACCCGAGACGAUAUACGACGAGAAAAAAGAGGCGGUUUGCGACAAUAGCCUCGUUUACAUCAAAGUGCAGCGCAGACUCCUCUUAUACCUGAGCACACAAGCUGCUGAUACACUCACUGCGCCGCUCGCAUGCCAGUGGACGCGGGAAAGUUCGGAAGACACACCAGCCAGGCCCAAAGAUGCACUGCGCCUCUGCUACUACAUGCGCUCACAGGGCUUCGCCACGUACGCCAUUGUUAAGAAUGGAUACAUCGACUUGUACCUGGCCAACCAGCACACGGACAUGAGGGGACCGCACACAGACAUGCUGUACUGGAAGCAGAACUUGGUAACCUACAGUAUAGUGUUUGCAGCGUCACACAUACGAUGCAUGGAUUGACGUAGCGAUGGAGAGGGCGAGGAGAG